CCAGUGGGUUUAUUCCUGCAAAGACUUUCUUUCUGCACUUCUUUCUCUUUCUCCGUUCUCCCCUCCCUCGACCUCCUUCUCCCUCGGCGCUCGAUGGGGGGGAAUGCGGUGGAAACCGCAGAAGGAGGCAACGUUUCCCCAGGGCUUCAGCUUCAAAGUGCGACGGGUCCUUCGCUUCUCUCUCAGCCGCGUCAGGCAACUGCAGGGACCUCGUCCUCCUUCGGAAACUGAUUAAAGAGAGCGUUGGAUGGGACUCCUGCCUUGGGUGGCUUCCUCGCCCAGGAGCGCGGCUUCGCACCUAACUAGGUGGUCAGCACCAGGGACAGAUCCCGGCGCCCAUUCUUCCCGUGCCUCCAUCCUGUGUUCUGACUCUUGGCGCUUGCUAGCCAGACUCCAGGCGAUUAAGGUCGACCACGAUUAUGGAAGCGGAGAGUUGGAAUGAGAGCGAGCCCAACAGCACCCAGCUUAUUUGCGAUGGACCCAAUGGGACCCUUGGGGAACGAGGAGGCAGUUUAUGUUCUGGGGUCAGCCCUUCCAUGAUAACAGCCAUAGUGAUCAUGGCCCUCUAUUCCGUCGUAUGUGUAGUGGGGCUCUUUGGGAACUUCUUGGUCAUGUAUGUCAUCAUCAGAUAUACCAAAAUGAAGACUGCCACCAACAUUUAUAUUUUCAACCUUGCCUUGGCUGAUGCCUUAGCAACAAGUACGCUGCCAUUUCAGAGUGUGAAUUAUCUUCUGGGAACAUGGCCAUUUGGUACCACUAUUUGUAAGAUUGUAAUAUCCAUAGAUUAUUAUAACAUGUUCACAAGUAUUUUCACCCUCUGCACCAUGAGUGUGGAUCGCUACAUUGCAGUUUGCCACCCGGUCAAGGCUUUGGAUUUACGCACCCCUCGAAAUGCCAAGAUUGUCAAUGUCUGUAACUGGAUUAUUUCUUCAGCAAUUGGUAUACCAGUGAUGGUGAUGGCAACAACCAAAGAGAGCAAUGGAUCCAUUGAUUGUACACUUAAGUUCUCGCAUCCAGCCUGGUAUUGGGAGAACCUACUGAAAAUCUGUGUUUUCAUCUUUGCCUUCAUCAUGCCCAUCUUAAUCAUAACGGUCUGCUAUGGAUUGAUGAUUUUACGUCUGAAGAGCGUCCGAAUGCUCUCCGGCUCCAAGGAAAAGGACAGAAAUCUUCGGAGGAUCACCAGGAUGGUCCUUGUGGUUGUGGCUGUUUUCAUUGUCUGCUGGACUCCAAUCCAUAUUUACGUCAUCAUCAAAGCCUUAAUCCACAUUCCAGAAACUACUUUCCAAACCAUCUCCUGGCACUUCUGCAUUGCAUUAGGCUACACAAAUAGUUGUCUCAAUCCCAUCCUUUAUGCCUUCCUAGAUGAAAACUUCAAAAGAUGCUUCAGAGAAUUCUGUAUCCCAACCACUUCAACCAUCGAACAGCAAAACUCCACCCGCAUCCGCCAGCACACCCGUGAUCAUGCCUCCAGCGCCCAUACAAUGGAUAGGACUAACCAGCAAGUAUGACUAGAAGUGGAGAUGUCAACCUUGGAAACAAGAAUUCCUCCUGGAGAUGACAUGAAUUCUGAAGUCACGGUCUUGACUGAAUUGUAGCUUCUGGAAGUUUUAUAAAAUUCUUCCAAUUUAUGUUCCCUGGCUGAGGUGAUACACAAAGAUGGAAAGACUUAUCCAGAUGCACUAGGGAGGUUGUACCAGUCCGACUAUGAUGAUGGGGAGCUAGAGAACCCCUCAAGUUGCUUCUUGCAUGGCCAGACUGAGUCUGGAUAUCAUUGUGUUAUAUAUAUUCAAUAUGCUGAAAACAGAAGAGAUGCUUCAAUUGUCUUUGCUUACUGAAUGCUUGCUACUUUAGCAUUCUAGAACUUUGUAUAUUUAGAAAUUUCUUAUACCAAAUCAGAGCAUUGGGCUAUGUGACCUAUAUGAACUAGUUGCUGCCUCAUAACCAGUUCUCCAAUAUUUAGUAGUCCUGCAAUUACAGGUAGUCCUCAACUUACAAUAGUUCAUUUAGUCACCGAAAAAAGUGACUUAUG